AUGGCAUCUCAAGAUGCUCACAUAGCAUUGUGGCAACGGUUCCUGAACACAAAUGUUAAUACAGAGUUCGUAUUUGUACAAUUCAUGGGAUACAACGCCAACAUCCUUAUGCGUGCAAUACCUGUAGCCCGCUUUGCAGAAUUGAUCAAAAAAAACCAGACACUCUCACUCACAAGGGCAAUAUUCUACCUUCUUCCCCAUGAUUAUCUAGCCGAGGGAGGCGAUCCUCUGGGAAUUUUUUAUUUGAAACCUGAUCUUUCGACACUCCACCCACAUCCUGAAAAUUCUGGAAGGACAUAUGUUAUUGCAGACGCUGUGCAGGAAGAUGGGGUGACUGCAAUUCCCGAGUGCCCUCGAUCCAGACUGAAACAUUUGAAUGAAUUUAUGGUCCAGGAGACUGGAUGUUAUCCGGUAGUUGGAUUCGAAGUUGAAGUGGUUUUCAUGAAGAGGGUUAAGGAUGCUGAUGGACAAGUCACCGCGUAUCAACUUGUCAAUAAGGAUCAUUCCUUUCAGAGCCUAACGACAGACGACGAACAAUACUUGACUAUGAUGGAGAUUAUUGCAAAGACCUUGCUGGCUGCUGAAAUAGAGAUCGAGCAAUUCCACGCCGAGGCUGCUCCCGGGCAAUGGGAAUUUGUUCUUCCCCCCUCGCGUCCCGUGGAGGCUGUCGAUACCCUAAUCAGAGCCCGUGGCAUCAUUUCCCGAGUCGCUGAAAUGCAUCAACUUAGAGCAACUCUUUUCCCACGACCAUCGGAAUCACACGCCGGGAACGGAGCUCAUGUACACAUUUCCUGCAAUGCGAACGGGUCCUCACCUGUGCCCUUGACCAAUAUGGGACAUCAGACGAAAGAGUCAUUCUUUGCUGGAAUAUUAGAGCAUCUUCCUGCAAUCCUAGCUUUCAACCUCCCUCAACAGGAAAGUUAUGCCCGUGUCCAGAGCGGCAUUUGGAGCGGCGGUGAAUAUGCUGCUUGGGGAUGGGAAAACAAAGAGGUUCCUCUACGUCGAAUUGAAUCCAACCAUUUCGAGUUGAAAUUAAUGGAUGGAUUUGCAAAUCCUUAUCUUGCGUUGUGCGCUAUUUUAGCAGCAGGCAUAGACGGUAUGAAAAGAGGAAUCAAUUUGACUGCUGGUCCUUGUCCCAAAGGUGCCAAUUUGCUAUCUCCAGAAGAAAGGGAGCAAUUGGGGAUUCGCACAUUAUUGCCCAAGUCGCUCACUGAAAGUUUGGAUUCCUUGGUUUCUGACACGACGAUAUGUGAGUCGGUUGGACAGGCCAUUAUCCAGCCGUACGUUGCUAUAAAAAGAGGCGAGAUCGAACAAGUCAAAACCUGGACGGGAGUGGAACGGAGGAACUAUCUCAUUUCUCGUUAUUACCGGUACCAGUUAGGGCAAAAUCUUGAAAUUCCCCAAAGCGGAAAUACGGACAAAGUGGCGGAAUGA